GGCGUCUGAGUGGACAGUCAGUGUGAGGAGAGAGACUCGGGGUGGAUCCGCAUGAAGCCGUCCUCCUUGCUACAUCAGCGACUGUACCAUAAUGUCCAAACCGAAGUUUCAGACAGAAUGGGAGGAAAUCGACGAGGAAUACCAACAACUACAGGAAACCCACAAAAUAUACAGACAAAAACUGGAGGAGCUCACUAAUCUUCAGGGGACGUGCAGCAGCUCGAUCAGUAAACAGAGAAAAUGCCUCAAGGAUCUACGGUUCAGCUUGACCAAGUGUGCACAAGCAUGUGACGAGAAAGACUUGGAACUUAUAACGGACAUCAAGAGUCAAAUCAAAGAAAAGGAAAAUGUGUUCUUUGAUAUGGAAGCGUAUUUACCAAAGAAAAACGGGCUCUACCUGAAUUUGGUCCUGGGUAAUGUGAACGUUACUCUUCUCAGCAACCAGGCAAAAUUUGCCUACAAAGACGAGUAUGAGAAAUUUAAGCUUUAUAUGACAAUAAUCCUCAUGUUCGGAGCAAUAACCUGCCUCUUCUUUCUCAACUGUCGAGUCACUGAUGAAAUCUUCAACUUUUUGCUGGUGUGGUACUACUGCACACUGACUAUAAGGGAGAGCAUCCUCAUGAGUAACGGCUCCAGGAUCAAAGGUUGGUGGGUGUCUCACCAUUACGUAUCAACCUUUCUGUCAGGUGUGAUGCUCACCUGGCCAGAAGGGCCCAUGUAUCAGAUGUUCAGAAGCCAGUUCCUCGCUUUCUCCAUAUAUCAAAGCUUUGUUCAGUUCCUGCAGUAUUACUACCAGAGCGGCUGCUUGUACAGGCUGCGAGCUUUAGGAGAGAGAAAUCAGCUGGACCUCACAGUGGAGGGAUUUCAGUCCUGGAUGUGGAGAGGCCUCACGUUUCUUUUGCCAUUUCUCUUUUUUGGCCAUUUUUGGCAGCUUUACAACUCAGUGACCCUGUUUCGCUUGGCAGGACAUGAGGACUGUAAGGAGUGGCAGGUAUUUAUGUUGGCGCUGACGUUUCUUGUUCUAUUCCUGGGAAAUUUUCUCACCACAUUGAAAGUUGUCCGACAAAAAGUUCAGAAAAACCAGGACAAAGUACAAAAAAAGGACUGAGAACAAAGCUCAGCGACACACCUCAGAUUCUGCGACCGGCCAGUAUUUUUCAAGCAACACGCACAAUCGCUUCACAGACUGACCACGGUACGAUCAGGCGGGGAGAAGACGAAACCGCUCUUCCUCUCAGGCUUUGACGACAGCAGCAGCGUCCAGCCAAAGUAUCCUGCCAGCAGGCUUUUUUGCUUCCAAUGACCUGUCGUCGAUGUUGCCGAACAGUCUGUCACAACACAAAGUUGUGUUCACGUGCAAAUGAACAGUUUGUUGCUUUCUCCUGUACUUAGUGGGAAGGAUGUGUUUUAUUUUGGGUGUUUGUGUCAGUGCAUGAGUCCAUCAGAGAGCGUUUAUUCAAAUCAUGUGCAACUAAAAGAGGGAGAGAGGGAACAGACCAGGACUUAGUUUGCCUUUGAAGACCUAAAGUCUGUCGUGUUCAUACUUCAUACUUUUUUGAAGUAGUGAUGGUCAAACUGUCUUUGGCUUGAACAAAGCUGGUCAACUUGGCACUGCACUUACACAGCUUUUUAUUGGUCCUCAUUUUCCUCUUGUGCCAUUUCACUGCUAAACAGUAUUUUUAAAGACGUACAGAAAAUGUCCCAAACUUUAGUAAUCAUAAAUCUGCCCAAAAAAACGAAAAAAAAUCAGGAAAAAAAAAACACUUGAUGUAGAUGUUGUUUGUCUGGAGCUCUAUUUUAUUGUUUACUAGUUCUGUGAAAGAGUGAGGACUACAAGGGAAUGCAACACAGAUGAUCCAUUCAGGCAGCGGUUAUUAAAGCCAUAACUCUUUUUUAGUAAGAUCUCAACUGUUUUACAAAACUAGCUGUCUCCAGUGAGGAUUAUCUGAGCGGUUACACUCGUCUGCUCUCACAUACAAAAAUAAUGCUAACUAGUUAAAAGGACUCAAAGGUUUAUGAAGUUUCACGGUUAAGACUUGGUAUGAGCGGGUCAAACAUUUUAUUACAAAGCUAAGAUAUGAGGUGUUCAAAGUCCAGUCAUGGAAGUAGGAUUCUUCUGGUGGUAGUUUCCCACUCAUUACAUGAUGUUGCAGAAAUGAUUAAAGGCUGCUAUUGCUUCUGGUACUGUGAGAAGAGGAGACAAGAUCAUGGGAACAACAUGCUGGAUUGUUUUUUUCUAAUUCAAAUCAACCCAGUAAAAGAUAUCACUAUGAAUAAACUCACGGUCAAAUCUUAAACUGAAGCUCUCGUUCACUGUAGGGUUGUCCGGUUUGUGUUUCAGUUUACAAAAGGGUUUUGUUUUUUGUGUGUCUGUUUGUUUGUUUUGUGUUUGUUUGUUUUGAUAAGAUUCAGAUCAGUAAAACAAAACUUCUAUAUUUUUGUGAGGUCUCUAAUGCCUUAUUGUUCCUUCAGCCCAUCGGGGGGGAAAAUGUCCUUUUGAAGCUCCUGUUGGGAACCUUUGGUGUGUGUCAACAAAGAUGUACAUCUGAUCUCUCUUCCGAUUCUGUCCUGUACAUGCCAAGGCAGCAUUUUUGACUAAAAACCCCAUCCUGCUUUCUUUAAACACUGAAAUGUAUCACUCACUGUGAAUAUUUGCUUUUGACACCUGACUCACCCCUCACAGCUGUUACAGGCAUUAAAAAAAACCUCCUAACUAAAAACUGCCAUAUGCUUUUGUUGGUCAUGAAGGAGCAUCACUCUGUUUCACAACCACUUAAAAACUCCUCACAAUGGCUUUAAAGGGCAUAAGACAGUGGCAUUACAUUCAUUUCUGUCAUAUCCCACGAAGCAAUCGUGCUGCGGCGAAUCAGUUUUCAUUUUUAUUGAGAGGGAAAUGAAGCAUGUGGAGUUAAAAAUGAACCAAAAUGUUACAUUCAGUACCAGAGCUGCCAGAGUGCUCAAAAGCAAUGUUCUUUUUUCUAGUUUUUAACAAUGUAGCUGAUGCUAAAACAAAAAAUGGAUCAAUUCAACUCUGUAACUGGUGCCUGAGUUUGAUCAGUAACCGAGACAUUUGGUAAUUUGUGUACAUUGUUGUAAAAAAAAAAAAUCAUUGGUGAUAAUUAAACACUAAAUUAAAAAACC